CGAGUCACUUCGAUUUCUGCACCAGGAAAAGUCUUUCUACUGAACUUGUCAACAAGACAAAAUGAGUGAACCCGGCGUAGAGGACAUGGAAAACAUGCCAGAGGAGGAGGAAGAGGAGGUAGAGGGAGAGGAGUGCUCAGGAUCAGAGUCAGAUGGGGAAGGACAUAAAAAGGAGAAAAAAGAAAAGAAAGGAGGAAAGGGACGUGGAGGCGAAAUGAGUGGAAACCGUGGUGGUCGUGGGAGUCCUAGAGGUCGUGGAGGCCGUGGAGGUCAGGGUGGCAGAUAAAUGAUGAAGAAAUCCUUGAAUGGCCAUUCUAUGAUAAUGACUUUAAAGAAUAAAAUACAUCUCUAAUAAACUAAU